CAAAGUUGUAAAUGAUCCCUUGAUCUAGUUUGAAGAACCUAGCAAAAACAUACCGAAUGCGUAAACCUAUUCUAACCUGUACUACCUAAUUAAAUUGAGGAAAAAGAACUUCCUUCAUUCUUGACAAAAAUUAUUAGAAUGAAUAGGAGUCAACUUCUCGAUGAUCCAGAGCAGCAGAUCCAAAAGGGUGUCGGGGGACGGGAAGACAUUAAUAGCGGCAACAUUAAAGGCAAAGACGGUACUAGCGUUACUACGUAUAACCCUAUUCAUCCACCGGAAGAUCAGCAACGCAUUAAGGGUAGUACUGUUCUUGGAGGGGACAACAUGGAAAGAGAAACAAGAGACAGAGAUCCCGUCCCCACAACUCCAAUACAUGCAGCAAGUUCACCGACGUUCCCGGAUCAACAGCAGAAGCCAAAGGGUGCUGAUCUCAGGCAGGAGGAAGAUGAUCACAAGAGAAAAGCUCAUCAUGAUGUUGUGCAGUCGAAAGUCUUUGCUAAAGAUAGUGGAGACCUUGCUCCUAACCAGCUUGGAGAGAAGUCGACCAUGUACAGGACUGUGAACGAAAGUCCCUCGAUGUCAAAAGAGCAGCCGAAAAGUACAAAGCCCAACCAGGCUCAGGCUGUUGAUGGAGUACUCCGUACUGGGUAUGAUCUGGUUCCCAGCUCGUCAAAAGAGAUUGACGGUGCUCUCAGCGUAGGGAACAUCAACCGUGAAGUAGGUCAUGUGUCGUCAAAAGAGCAACCAAAGAGUUCUGAUGGGUUAAAAGAAAAACCUCGAAUCGAAAAUAUCAAAACGAUAAAACCACAUGAGCCACCAAAAGAUGAAGCUGAUCAUCUUAGCAACAGCGAGAUCAGACCCCGCAAAACCAUCGAACAUCCCGUCAUGCAUGACAAAGAAGAUCAUUCUUUGAAAGAGCAGCACCGGAAUAACUUUCUUGGACGAGAAAAUUCUACUGAAAAGAAUGGCAACAUGUACGCAACCUCAAACUCUCUCAACUCUUCAGAAGGAAUGAAUAAUAUACCCGUAGGGGUCCCUAUUGAUAAAAUUGGAGAAAAUAAGUUUCAAUAUGCAGAGGUGCCGCAGCCCGUGAAUCUGGCCGUCGUCAUUCAACCACCAAUGUUCGACGAAAAGAAGAAUGGAAAGAUUGAAGUAGACGUCAAGGUCAGCAUUUGCUGCCGGUGUUCCAUAUUAUAAAUCAACAUCUUCAGAGCCAGUGGUGGAUCAGACGCAGCGAUUCAGAAGUGGGUUUGAGUCAUUGACAGCUGCUGCAGAAGGAACGGUUGUGGAUAUUAUUCAACGAAGAAUGUCAAUAUAUAAUAACAUCAUCACUAUCUCCCUUAAAAUGGGUAUUAUAAUGUUAAACAUUGAAUAUCGAUACCAUUUCUUAGUUGGGGUGUUUGUUUCUGCUUUCUCUUAUGAUUUAUAAAAUUUCCAUCUUUCCUGCC